AAUCCACAUAGCGUGCAGCGAAAGUAUCUUAGUGUCGUAACAACUUUUUAAAAAAAAGUAAGUCGCCAAAGACUUCCUCAAAGGUUUCACAAGACCGAGAUGAAUGAUAAAUUGAACAGCACAGCACAAUUAGGCUCAGACUCAUAAGCAGACGCUCUACAUCAUUAACCACCAAACAUAAAGCAGAAGGAAAGCACAAUGGCUGUGGGAGAAGUUAUCUACACGUUGUUGGAAGUGCUCAUUGCUGUUAGCUGCUGUCUUGGUAACAUGUUGGUUAUUUUGGCGUUGUGGACCAGUAAAAGCAUUCAGCAGCCUACCUUCUGCCUUAUUGUCUGUCUGGCUGUGGCUGACUUAUUGGUUGGCUGUGUGGCCAUACCGCUGGCGGUGUUGGUGGAUGGACGUGUGAACACUUCUUUCUACGGCUGUGUCUUUAUCAGCUGUGUGGUCAUCCUGUUGACCCUAGUCUCAGUUUUGUCUCUUGCGGCUAUUGCAGUGGACCGCUUCCUCCGGGUGUUUUUACCUCUCAGGUACAAAAGGACUGUAACACCGACACAUUCUUGGCUUGUAGUAGCAGCAUGUUGGCUUGUUGGAAUACCACUGAGCUUUGCUCCGAUGCUUGGAUGGUACAACCAUGAAACCUGGUCUAAGUCCGUCAACUCUACUAUUGUCUGCAAGUUUAUGGAUGUGAUCCCCUUGUCAUACUUGGUUUACUUCAACUUCUUUCUUUGCACCCUGCUACCUCUGUUGGUGAUGACUGUAUUGUACGCAUAUAUUUUCUGGACAAUCCGAGGAAACCUUCGAGGGAAACCAGGCAACGGUGCCCAGACACAGUCGCAGCUCUACCUAAAGAAAGAAAAACAGCUGGCAGGAUCUCUGUCUCUGGUCUUGGCUCUGUUUGCGUUGUCCUGGCUCCCUCUCCACAUAACGAACUGCAUGUUUUAUUUUGGUGGGCGAGAUUAUGUACCAGUACAAGCUCUCUAUAUUGGCAUUCUGCUUUCUCAUGCUAACUCAGCUGUAAACCCAGUUGUGUAUGCGUUCAAAAUACACAAGAUCAAGACAGCGUACCUGAAGCUCUGGAGACGGUAUAUUUCAUGUGGAGAUGAAAAUCAAGGCUCUCAGACAAGCCAGUCAACAGACAACAAUCUCAGCAGUGGGGCCAACAAAGAGUGAAGGAUUUUGUUUGUUUGCUUCCUUGUUUUUAAGGAGCAGGUUUGAUUGACUGUUGACUGUUCAACAUAAUUAAACAUUGGUCCAACACAUUAACAUUGUGGGAAAAGGUAAGAAAGUCAGUUACAGUAUGUGAAGUUUGAAAUGAUUGAAAUCCAAAAGCUACCUUUUAAAGGAUGAGGAUGAUGUUCUGUGUAUUGAUAGAUAGAAGAUAUCUAGCCAAUUGCACGGAAAUAUCUCUAUGUUCAGGAGUCUGUUUGUGUUUGUGUGACUUGUAUGUGGGUAAAGAUGUGGAUGUGGACUUUCUUGCAGAAGGAAAUGGCAACUUCCACUGUUAAAAGCUUUAGUUUCAUAUCACUUGUUGUGCUUCUGUUGUAUUUCACAGAAAGCACACACUGUGUUGGAAAUUACCUUCACUAUCUUUGAAUAAGAAUUGGACUUUAAUGACCCUAGAAAGAUAAAUUCAGAUAUCUCAGGCAUUAUCGUUGUGGUCGUCAUUAAGUUGGGAACAUUCAUUUUAUGGCAUGUAGCCGUGUACACCCGACUAGAAACAUAGAAACCCAUGUACAAUGUACAAUUGAACAGUCCUGUGAGAGAACUCUUCAGGCCAUAUUAGACCGGUGUUAGAUGUAUGGUAAUUUAUUUGAAUCUGUAGUUUCCAAUCCGUUUGUAAAGGAUUGGAUAGCAUAGAAAAACUAUAAAAAUAGGCCUUCCCCCAUUGAAAAGGAAGUAGAAAAAAAACUAAACAUUUCAAAAGAGUGCAGUCUAACACAACAACACCACAAAACACAGCCACAAGAAUUACCCAAAAGUAGAGUCAGCUAGUCUAAACAACAUUCACACCUUACAAGCAUCACAAAGGAAGCAUUCAUUGCAGAACUGUUGUAUUGGAUAGCAUUAGGUUACACAGAUAUUUAUACUUUUUUGGAUCAAUGUGUUGACUACAAUAUGGAAUAUGAACAAUACGUGACCAACUACCAUUUGUACUACCAUAGCUAACAAAAAACAUAAAUAAUAUACUGUACAGAUGUUUUUUUUGUAUCAGUUUUCUAAAGUUGAUGUAUUUUUAACAAGCAAGAACUGGCUCAACAGAUACAUACAUUACCGGGAUUAAGAGUGUCCCUCCCCACUCACUUCUUCUUCAAUACCUCUUAAAUACAAACUGUACAAUGAUAUCUGUUGGCAGUUACUUUCUGCCUGCUGAAUUUUGAAUUGUUUUUACUACAUUAUUUUUGUAUAAAGUGCUGUAUCAAAACAAGGUAUUUGCAGCGAACAUAGGAGUAUUGUGCUUUUAGGUUUUGUGUUUAUGCUUGUCUUAAGUUCUUAUUUCAGAAAUGAAGUGGAAUUACUUAUGUGUACAGGCUUGUGGUUAGUUGUGUGACAGUUUUGUGAGAUUUUUUUUUAAAUUUCCUUACUAUACAGGCAUUUUGUUUUGUACAUACCCCACACCUUUGAAGUAAAAAAUAAACGUAUUUAAUGUUAAUGCAAUCUUUUAAUGAGCAGUUCCUUUCUGCAUGCUGUAAACAGUUUAUUUAUACUUACGAGCCAGCAGAAUCUUGACUAAAUAUAUCAUGACUUAUGUCUUCAAUCUACAAUGGUACACUUAGCUCUUCAUGCAGAUAAAUGUGAUAUGAUAAUAUGUGAUUUUAUUUUCAAAACCAUAUACCACCCUGUCUCCUUUCCUAUUUGUUGCACGUUCAGACUUUAACUGUGGCAUGUUUGACAGA